GUGCCUAAGUGAUGCGACAGCGAGUCGGAGUAAAAUCUGCCUCAGGAUACCCAAGGGAUGGCUACUGUGCCGUAUGGAUCCAACGCAACGCGAAAUCUCACCAACCAGUUUGUCCAGCCGCCGUGGCGCAUCGCGUUGUGGUCCGUGGCGUACAGCACCGUCCUCACAGUGGCGGUUUUGGGGAACUUGAUUGUGAUUUGGAUUAUUCUCGCUCACAAGCGGAUGAGAACUGUGACGAACUAUUUCCUGCUAAACUUGGCUGUCUCUGAUGUUGCUAUGGCCGCUUUCAACACGCUGGUAAACUUCAUCUACGCGGCUCAUGGCGAGUGGUACUUUGGAGAGGCAUAUUGCAGGUUUCACAACUUCUUACCCGUCACUGCUGUGUUCGCCAGCAUCUACUCUAUGACUGCUAUAGCCCUAGACAGGUACAUGGCCAUCAUCCACCCGCUUAAGCCGCGCCUGUCAGCGACGGCCACCAAAGUGGUGAUUGUGUGUAUCUGGAGUCUGGCUGUGGUGCUGGCCUUCCCUCUCUGCUUCUUCUCCACCAUCCGCGUUCUGCCUCGCAGGACCAUCUGCUAUGUGGCCUGGCCCCGGAUGACGGAUGACCCCUUCAUGUAUCAUAUCAUAGUGACAGUUCUGGUCUACCUGCUGCCCUUAGUGGUGAUGGGCAUCACCUAUACAAUUGUGGGGGUGACUCUGUGGGGAGGUGAGAUCCCUGGAGAUUCAUCUGAUAACUAUCAUGGACAGCUCCGAGCCAAGAGGAAGGUGGUAAAGAUGAUGAUCAUCGUAGUGGCUACCUUUGCUCUCUGUUGGCUUCCCUAUCACGUCUACUUCAUCGUGACGGGCCUCAACAAACAUCUGACCAGGUGGAAGUAUAUCCAGCAGGUUUACCUUUCAGUGUUGUGGCUGGCCAUGAGCUCUACCAUGUACAACCCCAUCAUCUACUGCUGCCUCAACAGCAGGUUCCGGGCUGGCUUCAAGCAGGUUUUCCGCUGGUGUCCGUUUGUGCGGGUGUCGAGCUAUAAUGAGCUGGAGCUUCAGAACACGCGGCUCCGCCCAGGUCACCAGAGCAGCAUGUGCACCCUCUCUCGUGUUGAGACCAGCAUCCACAGCAACGAUCGCUACUUGAGCAAAGGGAAGAGCACUUCCUCCCGUGGAAAGCCUGCUAACAUAGAGGGUUAGUUGCACUGACUGGAAUGCUCGCAUACAGAUUUUCCAGCAUGAGAAAUUUAACUGCACGAACAAACGUUGGUUGGUCAAGUAUUUGAGUUGAUAAAUGCUCACUGGAGUUAUGUUUCUGUACUCACACAGCUGAUAUGGCUGUGUGUGUUCAGCACCACCCAAAGUGCUAAAUUAGGUCUGAUGGAUGUGUGUCUAAACACUGGAAUAGUGUUUACUUUUACAUUUGCAGAGCUGAAUUCCACUGAUGACGUUUUUGUAUGUGUGCAUAGUAACAACAAGACAUAAACAUACAAACUAACAUUGUCUAGUUAUAUCCCUGGAUUUUUGUCUGCUGUUCGUUAGUUUGUAUUAGUAAAUUGCUGCUUUUUUAAUGUGUGAGCAUUGAGCAUUAACACUGUGUGCAAUAUUUCAUAUUUAGUUUCGGUGGUAUAAAUGAGGUUUGAUAGGAUUACUGUCAUAUUAAAUUGUAUUUAAAACAUAUAAUAUUUCAUGACACCGGUGAUUAUUAGUAUAACUAUGUGCAUAGAGUUUAUAGCUAUAUUUAUAUGAUUUUGUAAAUAUGUUUAAUGCCACAACAUGUUUUUGUUGUCUUCUUUUAGAGUGAGAGUAGGGGCAGCUCUUACCUUAUGCCUAUAUUAGAAAUUAUUAAGGUGGAGAAAAUGCUAAAUUGAAAGGUUGUGGAAGGAUAAAAACAGCCUCUUUGUCAUCUU